UUCUUCGAACAGGUUCUGCGGAAAGAGGGACAGUAAACGGUCACGGACCGACUUCCUGAUUUCUGUGUCAUUCUUUGCCAAGGAUAACCGCUCGCAAAUCCAUAAGCGGAGCCUGAACAACCGCUACAACCGGCAGUGCUUCACCGCAGCUCGAAAGAGGCAGCCGUCGCCGACUAAAAAACCUGAAACUUCCUGCAAAAAGCACCAUGAAAGCCACAAUUUUCAUCGGAGCGCUCUUGGUUCUGUUGUGCACGACCGCCUACGGAUGCGACCACAUGGGCUACCGCCGGGAUGCGGGCCGCUGCAAGACGAAACACGAAACCAAUUUGCAACAGGCGUCAGCUUCCCAGAGAUGCUGCCCGUUCUAUGUCCUCUCGGAGUGCCUCAAGCUGGCAUCUCGAUACUCGGACUGUCCCCAGGCUUAUGCUAUGGCUGAGCUGAAAGAACUUCGCGAUGCGAGCCGCUUGACCCCCGACCAAUGUCAGGGUGGACGAGAGCAGUGUGGUGACGCGCCAAGAAGACAAUACUAGUCCCAGCGCUGCCGCCACAAAAGACAUCGACUAUGUCCCAACUGUGACACCUGCCCCCUCACACUGCCUCUCUUACGCCAUGAAACAUCCGUAAUGCUGGACAUUAUUGACAGGAGAAGGACGAAAACCCGUACACCAAGCAUGCGCAAAAUGGUGUGGAAUAAACAUUUUU